AAACCUCCAUCUGAUUUUCCAGUUUCACGAGUAUCAACAUCAUUUCAUUUCGUCGUUCUUUAUUAAAAAGUCUCUAAAUUUUCGGUGUCAUUUGAAUAAUUAAUGCGAUUUCAUUAAUUAUUACUUGCUGUUUUGAAAGCUAAAUUUUCGGUCGUCGAAAUGGUAGAAGUAGUUGAAGACGUUAUCAUGGAUUCCGAUGAUAGUGAGGAUAUCCUUCCCAAAACCUCGGAGGAAAUGGCUGAAUUGAAAAAGGAAAACGGGAAUCAACUUUUCAAAAUCAAACAAUAUCGAUCAGCUCUCUCUCUUUACUCUGAAGCUAUAAACCUUGCCCCUGAAGCUUCUGCCUACUAUGGCAACCGUGCUGCCUGCUACAUGAUGCUCAACCGUUACAGAGAGGCCAUGGAGGAUGCUAGAAAAAGCAUUCAACUGGAUCCUACUUUUGUUAAAGGCUAUACUCGUAUUGUUAAAUGUGCUCUAGCUCUGGGCGAUAUAGUUACAGCUGAGACAGCAGCCAAACAAGCUGAACUGCUUCAAGUUGGCUCAGUUGCCAACGAAUUAAGAACAAUAUUGACCCUGAAGCAACAUGAAGCUGAUGCUACUAAAGCUUACCACGCUAAAGACUUCCGAAAGGUGGUUUAUUGUAUGGACAGAUGUCUGGAUAUAUCUCCGGCUUGUGAAAAAUACAAACUCAUGAAAGCAGAGUGUUUGGCCUUUUUGGGACGUUACCAAGAAUCCCAGGAAAUCGCUAAUGACAUUUUACAUUUCAACAAGGGCAGUGCUGACGCCAUUUAUGUGAGAGGAUUAUGCUUGUACUGCGAAGACAACAUUGAUAAGGCUUUCAGCCAUUUUCAACAAGUAUUGAGACUUGCUCCUGAUCAUGCAAAAGCAAUGGAGCAAUACAAACGGGCCAAGCAAUUGAAAAAGAAAAAAGAAGAAGGCAACGAACUGUUCAAAGUGUGCAAGUUUCAAGAUGCUGUUAAAGUCUACACUGAAGCUUUAGAAAUUGAUCCUUUGAACAAAAAGACUAAUGCUAAAUUAUAUUUCAACAGAGCCACUGCCCUAUCCAGACUGAUUAAGUUAAGGGAAGCCAUUGCGGAUUGUACUGCAGCACUGAAAUUAGAUGAUACUUACCUAAAAGCUCUCUUGCGACGAGCCAAAUGUUACAUGGACACUGAAGACUUUGAAGAAGCUGUCAAGGAUUAUGAAAAAGCCGCAAAAAUGGAAAAAAGCCGCGAAAACAAAAGAUUGCUGCAAGAAGCCAAAUUGGCCCUGAAAAAAAGCAAACGAAAAGACUAUUAUAAAAUACUCGGCGUUGAGCGUAGCGCUACUGAAGAUGAUAUCAAGAAGGCUUACAGAAAACGCGCCUUGAUUCAUCAUCCCGAUAGGCACUCAAAUGCUAGUGAUGCGGAGAAAAAGGAACAAGAAAAGAAGUUCAAAGAGUUGGGCGAGGCUUAUGGGAUUUUGUCCGAUCCUAAAAAGAAAACGCGGUACGAUAGCGGUCAGGAUAUGGAAGAUUUUGAUGGUGGCAUGUCAGACAUAGAUCCAUCACACGUCUUCCAGACUUUUUUCACUGGCCCUGCAGGAAAUCCUGGUGAAUUUAGCUUUGGGAACUUGCCUAGUGGAUUUUCCUUCCAAUUUGGUUAAUUUACUUCUUCAUAAAGGUUGCACAUUCCAUACCAAAAUGAUUUUUUUUUGUCGUUUCUUAGUAGACUAUUAAUAUUGUGGAAUGUAUGUAGUUCACCCCCAAAUAUGAUAAGGAUAUUUUGAAUUUUGAUUUUAAUUAUUAUUAAUUGUAAAUAGGAAUUAAUUUGUUUAUUUUUAGGGUAAGUAUUGUUCUAUUUAUUUAUACAGGAUGAUUUUUGAUUGAAGGAUCAUCUGUGUAUUUUUCAACUGAUAGAUGUUUGGAAGUAUUAUAUUUAGCUACCAGCGUCCUUUCUUUCUUGGCGACUUUAACUGAAAUAUUAACUGCACAAUAUUAUAUUAUUAUAUUGCAAAAAUAUUGUAAUAUAGAUUUAGCAAUCAA